CCUUCUCGACGAUGCCGGCGAAUCCGAAAGCCUCAAAAGCACAGACACAGAUCAAGUCGGCUACCGCUGCUUCUGCUGCACAAUUGCAGAUGCCUGCGAAGAAGGGUCGGCCUUCAUCGAGCAAGCCUCGCCACGCAGAGCAGCCAGGCGACGAGGACGAGGAGGCAGAAGCAGACAGCGCCGGAGAAUGGGAGGAAGCCAGCUCUGACGAAGAUGGAGGUCAUGAGGAGGACAGCGGCGACGAGGAAGAAGGCAGUGAAGACGAGGGCGUGGACGCAGGAGGCAUGGAGCGGCUCAUGAAAGCCCUUGGUGAGGACGGACUGGACGACUUUGACCGUGCGUCAUUGGCAGCGCUCACUGGCGAGGACGAAGAGAGCCGAGGUGACGAAGGGGAUGAGAUAGUAGAAGAAGACGCCUCCAAUGGUGAAGAAGAGCACGAGCAACACGGUGAGGCACAAGAACAAAAUGAACCUGCGGAUGAGGAAGAAGAUGCUAUCCCUCUUGAUGAGCUGGACGAGGUCGAUGAUGAUGUUAUUCCUCAGCAGAAAAUUGAAAUCGACAACAAGAUUGCACUGGAGCGGAUACGAGACGGCAUCAAGCUUGACCCAUCCAUACCGUGGACGGAGACUUUGGUCGUCACGUAUCCUCACACAGUCGAUGUCGAUGUGGACGACGACCUGAGCCGAGAGCUUGCCUUCUACAAGCAAGCUCUGCACUGCGCACAAGAAGCCAAGUCUCUUGCUGCGAAGCAUAACUUCCCGUUCACUCGACCCUCUGACUACUUCGCCGAAAUGGUCAAAUCCGACGCACACAUGGAGCGGAUCCGUCAACGGCUUUUGGACGAGACCGCGACCAUCAAACGCGCGGAGGAAAAGCGCAAGGAGCGCGAAGGCAAGAAGUUCGGUAAGCAGGUGCAACUUGAGAAACAGAAGGAGCGAGAGCGCAGCAAAAAAGAGAUGGAGGAUCGUCUCAAGGGCCUUAAGCGGAAACGCAAGGGCGCUUUCGAUAAUGCGCAGGAAGACGAUGGCUUUGACGUCGCCGUCGAGGAUGCGAUUGCUGAUCGACCUACAAAGCGUGCGCGCGGUGACAAGCCUGGUGGGAAGAGAGGCCCCUCGCGCGAGGCCCGGGACAAGAAAUUCGGCUUCGGCGGGCCCAGACGGGGCGCGAAGCAGAAUACGAGGUCGUCGACGGACGCGUUCGAGCCGCGCAAGGGUGGCGGAAAGCCCGUGCGUGACGGAGGCAAGGGCGGCAAGAAGGCUGGUGUUGCAAACCGACCAGGGAAAAGCAGAAGGUUGGCUGCGCGAGGCCGGCCAUAGUAUGAACGUGUACGCACAUACCUGAGUCCCUAUUGCUUUAUCUGCACAUACAGCACUCUUUCUCAGUAACUCCUGACGUCCCGGUCCUCCAGGAUCGACUGUCCGUGUGUAAUUGCAGGUCCUGAUAUUCAGUAGCACGAAAGACGGCUCGAGUGCGUCAUACCUGGUCAGUCUAUACAGCCGCCCCUCUGUAUUGCGAAGC